GACCACGCUCCUGCCGCUCAGCUUUGACAGACUCCACACUGCUAGCUGUGUCGAAAAUGAAACUGGUUUGUGUGUGACUUGAGAGGGACUUAUAACAAAAACGAAAACAAGACGGUUACAGAGAAAAAUCUGCGUGUAUUGACAGGUUCAACCCGGCACGGUGGAGGCGCAACAACCGAACGCUGGGAAUGUUGAGUCAACAGAGCUUGAUAGGACGUACUGUACUUCAAUGGAGUUUGUAGCAGUGGGCUCAGUAACUUGGUGAGACCGAAGCUGCUGUCACCAUGGCUCACUUUGACACAGAAUACCAACGCCUGGAAGCGUCAUACAGCGACUCUCCCCCUGGAGAGGAGAACCUGUUGAUGCAUGUGCCUGAAGGAGCCAAAUCCCAAUGGCACCACAUAGAAAAUCUGGACCUGUUUUUCCAGAGAGUAUAUAACCUGCACCAGAAGAAUGGAUUCACCUGUAUGCUGAUGGGAGAGAUCUUUGAGCUUGUCCAGUUGCUGUUUGUGGUUGGCUUCACAGUGUUCUUAGCUAACUGUGUGGACUAUGACAUUCUCUUUGCCAACAAGUUUGUAAAUCACACUGAUUCCUCUAAAGUCACCCUGCCUGAUGCCUUCCUCCCAGUGGAUGUGUGCAGUGCACGUAUCCGAGACAAUGCAUUUGUGAUGUUCGUACUGACAAUCUCCGGGGUUUUUUGGCUCCAUCGCCUCAUCAAAUUCAUCUACAAUGUCUGCUGCUACUGGGAGAUUCGAUCCUUCUAUAUCAAUGCACUCAAAAUGACCAUGUCAGAACUCCCCUAUGCGACAUGGCAGGAGGUUCAGGCCAGGAUAGUGGAGAUUCAGAAGGAACACCAGAUCUGCAUCCAUAAAAAAGAACUUACAGAGCUUGACAUUUACCACCGCAUCCUACGCUUUAAAAACUACAUGGUUGCCAUGGUGAACAAGUCACUCCUUCCUGUGCGAUCUCGACUUCCUGUACUUGGGGACUAUGUUUUCUACACCCGGGGUCUUAAAUACAACUUUGAACUUAUCUUCUUUUGGGGGCCAGGCUCUCUGUUUGAGAACGAGUGGAGCCUGAAAUCAGAGUAUAAGCGAGGAGGUAACAGGCUGGAGCUUGCAGACAGGCUAGCAUCCCGUAUUCUGUGGAUUGGGAUUGCCAAUCUGCUGCUGUGUCCAGUCAUUCUGGUGUGGCAGAUCCUCUAUGCCUUCUUCAGUUACACAGAGGUGAUCAAACGGGAGCCUGGUUCUCUGGGGGCGAGAUGCUGGUCUCUGUAUGGUCGAUGUUACCUGCGUCACUUCAAUGAGUUGGAUCAUGAGCUUAUGUCACGCCUCAGCAAAGGCUACAAGGCUGCAUCCAAGUACAUGAACUGUUUUCUCUCGCCCCUGCUGACGGUGGUUGCCAAAAAUGUAGCGUUUUUUGCCGGCUCCCUUCUGGCUGUGCUCAUCGCCCUUACCAUUUAUGAUGAGGACGUUCUUGCAGUAGAGCAUGUGCUCUCAUCAAUCACCCUCCUCGGAGUGUGUAUAACAGUCUGCAGAUCAUUCAUACCUGAUAAGCACAUGGUGUUUUGUCCUGAGCAGCUGCUGCGGGUUAUCCUGGCUCAUAUUCAUUACAUGCCUGACCACUGGCAGGGUAACGCACACAGAUAUGAGACCCGUGACCAGUUCUCCCAGCUCUUCCAGUACAAAGCAGUGUUUAUUCUAGAGGAGCUGCUGAGUCCGGUGGUCACUCCCAUCAUCUUGAUCUUCUGUCUGAGGAGGAAGUCUCUGGAAAUCAUUGAUUUCUUCAGGAACUUCACUGUGGAGGUGAUCGGAGUGGGAGACACUUGCUCCUUUGCUCAGAUGGACAUCAGGCAGCAUGGACACCCUGCGUGGAUGUCGGAGGGAAAAACAGAGGCAUCGAUCUACCAACAGGCAGAGGAUGGGAAGACAGAGUUAUCUCUGAUGCACUUUGCCAUCACCAACCCCCAGUGGCAGCCUCCCCAGGAGACUACACACUUCAUCAGCCAGCUGAAAGAACGAGUUCACAGAGAGGCCACAGCGGCUUCAGACACACAUCCACUCUCACUAUCGGAGUCUGAGCCAAGGAGCCUCAUUGCAAACCUCCUAGCGGGUCCCUCCACGGUGAACUCGGUCCAUUUUGGCAGGGACAGCUCUUUGACAAAUCACACAGCAGCUGGCCUAAGUGAUGGGGCGUCUGCGUUGCGCUCCCUUUCUCCUAUCAGCAGCAGUCUUCACCUGAGAGGCAGUUUGAGUGCAGCUCACAGGGCAGCUGGACACACUUCAACCAUGAGCAGAGCAAUGACUGGCUCUGGGACGGAUGCUCGGACUGUGAGCUCAGGCAGCAGUGCGUGGGAGGGUCAACUCACCAGUUUGAUCCUGUCAGAGUACGCCUCCACUGAAAUGAGCAUCCAUGCUCUUUACAUGCAUGAGCUGCACAAGCAGCAGUCCCGUGGCGAGCUAUCCCGCCACACGUGGCACAGGCAGGAGAGCGACGAAAGUAGUGACAGCGUCCCCGAUGAAGUGAGGAGCGAACCCAACACUCAGUCCAGAAAUUUGCCUCGCUCACACACUUUCCCCACCGUAGUUCCCAGUCCCAGUGCCAUUCCUACAUCAGCAUCAGCAAACAGCAGUACAACCAUGUACCAGGAGAGAGCGUCAUCACAAAGCAGCAGCCAGAGGCGCCACAGUGGACCCACCACAGACCCUUCUGGUGCAGGGGGGAAAGUAGUAAGGUCUGCCCGUGUCCCCAUGGGAGGCUGGGCAGAGGAGGGUCAGGCAGCACCACGACAACAUGAACCAGUCCCAGAGGAGAGCUCGGAGGAUGAAAUGCCUCCUCACAUACACAAGAUUACAUAACAAAGUCCUGUUUCAGCUUCUAACCCUCCUGACCCUCCGGAGAGGAAACACACAUUCCCAUAUUGACUGCUUCUUUAUCCAGGAUUGAAUAUCAGUCAACAAUAAGGUGGAUGUGAUCCUAGCUGCUACGAUCAACUCCUCAGAGAUACUAUAUGACUUGCUAAAUGCCUAGAUAGGCAGAUAGGGUGUUCUCCUGAAUUUGUGUACAGAUGAUGACCAGCAGGAUCAAGUAACUUCUUAUAGCCAUGCUGUUUUUGCACAUAUUGAAAGUCCAAUUGUGGCUGUGAUGUAAACAAAAAUGUAGUCACAUCAGCCUGAGGGAUCUCUGAACUUUGCCACUGUAGAAAAAAUACAAAACAAUUUGCCCAAAAUGUGAACACAAUAAUUCAAAUUGUGCAAUCUAGUUCCCUCUUUUAGAAGUCUGUAUGGUGUAAACAGGAAAAUUCGAAGAAUGUAUGUCUGUCUAACAAAUGCAGAAUUCAACAAAUUGUAUUCAGAAAGAUUCAGAUAACACACAGACUUUCAUUGUUAUAUGUGUUCUUUUACCAAUUAUAGGAGGCUGUAGAUUCUCACCUGUGCUCUGUAUUACAGCUUGCAGUCUGCCUCUUGCAAAACAAGAAGGCCUGACUUAGUAUAGAUUCAUCUUAUACUUUUACAGUGAAGCAUUUCAAUCCUUAAGAUGUUUAUUUAACCUCUGUAUUUAUUGCAUUACAAAGUUCAUGUGGUUUUGUAACAUUUUAAUUUUCUCAGCCUGGCUCCUUUUCCUGAUGGACUUAGGUUAGGAGGAUAAUCUUACAACACAACCCGGUAUUCUUCACACACAUGCACUUUGUAAAUAAAUAGUUCCAGGUGAACUUGCAGUCAUCAUUCAGAGGAUUUAAUUAUUCAAAUUUACACAAUUAUAAAGCCAACAUUUUGAUUUGUUGUUAGAGAUGCUGUAUGCAAGCACAGUAAUAUUAUAUAACCAAUGUGUUAGUCUUUACCGUUCAUUAAUCUUUAAUAGACUUGCAAAAGGGGACUUCAAACAAACAAGGCUGUUUGUUAACUCCUGUGCCAUACUAAAAGCCCUCAAGCACAAGUGCAUGACCAUUAUUCAUACAUUGUUUUAAAGAGUAGUAGAAACACUUCUAACAAUGAGGAUCACAUCACAAUCGUUCACAUCGUGUUGACUUAACAGCAUGACUUUCCAAGUUUUUCUGUUAUUUAGCAACAAUUCUGUCAGAGAAUUAUGCACUUUAAUGGUUUGUAAAUGCAGAGGGUAUCACUUGUUUGUAUUUGUAUGCUGUCAUGUAUAAAUAUUUUUUAAAUAAUUUUAUUUAUCAAAGGGAUGUGCCAUGGUGAUAGACGGUUGUGUCUCAAGGUAAGCACUGUUUUACUGGAAGCAGUGUGGUAACGUUUGAUUAAAAGUGAUUAUGCUCGGGGUUUUUGCUGUUUGUUUUAUAAAUACUGUAAAAUUCCCGUUUGUACAGCUGUAAAUUCAUCCAUUAAAGAAAAUGAAAUGA